GGGUUAGGGUUGCGUCGCCUCAACUGUCUCGCAAUCAACCCCGCAGCCCGAUUCGCGUCCGUCACGUCACACACACCCUCGCUGCUUUUAUCCAAGCUAUCUGUCACAUUUCAGUGCUGUUUCGAUUAAACGACCUUGCUGCCCCUCACUGUGAACCACCCACUGCGACCACCUCUCGAGCUUUAACAAGCACCUACAAGCCAAGCAAAAGCCCAGCCCAAAAUGUCCCAACGGCAACGCUCCCACUCUGUCUCUGGACCAACAGCGGCAGCAGGAGAAGGGGGAACAAGGGAAAAGACAUAUUUUGAGUUUCAGAGGGAGGAGCUCAUAUCAGAGAUUGCCAUGAGCUUCGAGCACAUCCUAGCCAACAUCAACAAGCUGAACCGCUCGCUCGAGGCCGUCAUCGCCGUGGGAAAUGAAUUCAGCUCUGUGGAAGCGUUAUGGAGCACGUUUGAGAAUGUGAUGGCCAAGGAGGAGGAGGAGGAGGGCGAUGGGCAAGAAGGGCACGACGAAGGGCACGACGAAGCAGAGGAAGAGGGAGGUGAUGAGAUGGAGGGGGUGGAACAUGAGGGGGAUUCGAGAUAUGAGGAAGAGCAAAGUAGGGUAUGAGUCGAAUAUGGGCAGGCAGUAGGGAAAAGGCCUUGGCGUUUUGACGGAGUUAUUGGCAUUCUAAAUGAUACCCCCUUUUUAUUCGCAAAAUACAUACCAGCCAUGGACGACGCACACCAGGGUCAGGGCAAAGGUGUGAACACAUAAAAACAUCGAUUCUUCUCUCCUCUACUUCUGCCCCCCCUAAUCCAUGCCUGUGCUAUACAUUCCCAAAUAUCCAUCUCUCGUUUCUCUCCUUCGGGGUAUCUAAAAGAAAAGCUCACACUCCAUCUUUGUAAUCAACCUCUUCUAAUCAAAAACUAAAAGAAGAGAAAGGGGGGACGCUUUGAGGAGGGUAGGUGAGGUUUCUCUCUUUCAAAAUACUCCGAUCAAUCCAACAACACGCACACAACAGUCGACCGCAAAACUUGAAUAUACCAUCAGAUAAUUUCCUUGCUUUAUCCGUAGCCUCUGGCACCUGAUCCUUGUUGCCUUCCUACCCUUCCUUAUCCCAGCCGUCCGUCUCUCCCAUGCACCGUCAUCACCAAGUCGUCCCUUUGCCCUGCCCUCUGUCCCAACUCCCUCUUCACCUUCCACCACCCCCAACAAACCAUCUCAAAUAACAAAACAAGCAGCCACACAAGAAAAAUAGACAGU